CUCACUUCCUCUCACAUCCCACAUCCCACAUCCCAUAUCCCAUUUCCUUUAACCCAGAUCCAAACAGACCUCAGCGUAAUGGUCCUUCGCCAGGAAAGAAGUCCGCUCACUCCAGAGUUCGACGCUCUCGUUGACAAAUUGCUUGAAGAAUGGCACAUCCCAGGCCUGACCGUAUCGGUUGUGCACGGUUCCAGCACCUACGCAAAGGCCUACGGUUACGCCUCCUUUCCCUCCACACCCAUGACCACCACCUCUCUCUUCACAACCUGCAGCACAACCAAAGCCUUCACCGCCGCCGCAAUGUCUUUAGCGAUCGACGAUAGCCAGUCCACUCCGCACCCAAUCUCCUGGUCUACGCCCGUCUCUUCCAUCAUCCGUGACGACUUUGUUCUUUCUACUCCUUCUGCCACCACCAACACUACAAUUGAAGACAUCUUAUCGCAUCGGAGUGGGCUCCCUGGCCACUUCUUCUCCAUCAGCCUCGCUCAUCCGAAUGAGACUUUGCGCACCGAGGUUCGCAGGCUUCGAUGGCUACCACUGGCCUUUCCGCCACGAACCACAUUCAACUACAACAAUCAUAUGUUCAUGGCUGCCACAUAUUUGUUGGAACACAUAAACGGGGAGAGCCUCGGAACGACACUCAAAAGAAGAAUCUGGGACCCACUCGACAUGAACGAUACAUACUUCUCCACUGCCGAAGUGCAAAAGCACCCGAACCUGUCAAAGAGACUAGUCAAGGGCUACACCUGGAAUCCGGAAACACACACCUAUUAUGAAGAGCAAUAUAUCAACUAUGCUCCGAUCACCGGAACUGGUUCAAUGGUUUCUAACGUGAUGGAUUACGCGAAGUGGCUGCGCGCUAUGCUCUACCAGGCACCGCCUAUCUCGAAAGAGGGGCACACAGCACUUCGUAUACCCAGAACAGUCAUUGCCGAGUCGGAUUGGAAAAAUAUGCUCGCUCCCCCCGGUGCAUACCAUCUCUAUACCAUGGGGUGGUUUAUAGACUACUACCAUGGAGAACAAUUAUACUGGCACACGGGUAGCUGGGCUGGAUUUGGGAUAAUGGUUGGAUUUUUGCCCGCGAAGGGCUUUGCGUUUGCUAUGAUGGGAAAUACCCAAAACGCCAGGAUUGCAGAGCUAGAUUUGUUCUUGUACCUAAUCGAUCAGCUGCUGGGGAAGAGCGGGGCCGAAAGAGAGACCCAUGUGAGGAAGCUAGGGGAGAAGCUUAAGGAGAUGGAACGGAUAUACAACGAGAGUGUCGAAAGUGUGGUAGCACGGUUGUAUCCGGACCUGAAAACGAGGUUACCACUUUCGUUGUCGCUGGGAGCAUAUACAGGGACAUAUGCGCAUCCUGGAUAUGGGGAGUUCAAGGUGUGUGAGAAGAGCGGCAAGUUGGUCGUUGAUUUGAGAGACCGUGUGGGGAGCUGCAAUAUGCGGUUUGAGCAUGUCAGUAAAGAAUUCUUCGUCGUCAAGUACUAUAAUCCUGAGGCCGAGGCUGUGGGUCCAGACUAUACGAAGGCCGAGUUUUAUGUUGACGAGCAGGGAGUACCGAAGAGCCUAGGGUUGGAUCUGGAGUCCGUUUUGGGUGAGAAGAUCUGGUUUCGAAGGGUGGAGUGAGCUGUGAUAAUCAUAGCUGCUAGCAACAGUGCAGGCCAUUUCCAGAGACUGCAUACCGGGCAAGUAUUAGGGUUGAACAUCAAUGACCAUCCAACCAGGACUCAAACAUUUCCCAAAGCAGUAAAUGAU